AAUCUGAGAAGAAUUUCAUCAGAAUCAGGUCUCAUUCAGGCUGCAAUCAUGAAUCCUUCCCACCAAGAACUGAACAUUGACACACAUCUUGGGGAGAUCAUUUAUGUGUCAAAUAAUUUUGGUCCCAGUAAGCAAGGCAUUAAAACUCUCUUUUCUCAUUAAUAUACUCAGUGAUAAUCACCAGUAGACUGUGGUUCUGCUUGAACCUUCAAUGAGACUAUGAUAAAUUAAAGAUUAAAUCAGAAAGUGGGGACCCACUCUCAAUCCAAGAAUACAUCAAAUCCAUUAAAAAAAAUGAACGUAUAAAAGCAAUCAAUAAAGAAUCUAAGUUCAUGUGUUUGAAUGGGAAUGCAUUUUAAAAGAAAUCUGUUGUCACUAAGCUCUGUAUUCUUAGACGAGUGGGAGGCUCUGGUUCUCCUUUCUGUGUUAUAUCCUGUAAAAAGAUUUUUCAUCUGUUUUUCAUUUCCUCUGGACUGGAUCUCUUACAUAUCUGACUUUAAGCUAUUGUCAACACUUUUGUUUGGAAGCAGCAAAGAAGCAGCACGUCCAGAUCAAUCCUUGUUUAUACUAUUUCAGCUCUGCCUGUAGAAGAUGAGACUGUGUCUUCUAUUCUGCUUCCUCUAUUGGAUGGCCCCUAUUGGCUACAGUCAGCUUCCAGGUCCUCCUGGUCCCAAGGGUGACAGAGGAGCUCCUGGGCCACCAGGGCCAGCUGGGAUUCCUGGUCCUUUUCGAAAGUCAAAUGUUGUUUGUCUUCCAGGAGAUAAAGGUGACCCAGGAAGCCGUGGAGUCCCAGGACCACUUGGAAUUCGAGGAGAACCUGGAAGAAUAGGACCAGUAAUAAUGUGUGGACGAGAUCCCUUUGGUUCUGUUCGCGAGGACGUUGAAAACUUAAAGAAAAGCAUUGCUAAGUUAGACAGGGCUAUGGAGUAUGAUUUUGUCAGAACAGUUGGUCAGAAAUACUUUGUGUCCAACAAGGAAAGAGGCUCUUUCUCCAGGGCUGUCGAGUUCUGCUCCCAGCAAGGCUUAGAGCUGGCUUUGCCCCAGAACGAGGAGGAGAAUGCAGCACUGACUCAGUUUUUUGGGAACGUUUACAAAAUAGCCUGGAUCAACGUCAACAAUAAAAAAGCAGAGGGGAAUUUUGAGACUGAUAUGAGAAACCAACCUCUGACCUUCACCAAAUGGGGAGAAGGGCAGCCAAACAAAUCCACUGAGGACACAGGCUGCACCAUGCUGUCAGAAUAUGGUGUCUGGCUAGUGACACGUGAAUGCUCCUUCAAUGCUUACAUCAUUUGUCAGUUAUAGAAAGGUCUUAUAUCCCUUGAAUGUCCGGAUCUUUCAUGUGUCCUGUUUUCUUUUUCUGGGAGACAGUAUUGUGUAACUGUCUUAAAUGCAGGAAAGGUAAACUACAGUUACUACAGUAACUAAAGUAAACAAUAAAAGUAUACAGAAACAAGAAGGUACAUUGUUAAAGCAAAGAACUGCAAAAUAAAAUGUUCAGCAGCAAA